AUGUCAUGGAGCAGCUCCCAGCAUUUGCUUGGCUUCCACUGCGCUCUUACGGGCUGUGCCAAGACCGCCGGAUGCGCCCACUUUUCCUGGUGGACGGAUAAGGGUUGUGUCAUUCAGGACAGCUCGGCAGUGUUCAAACCAGUAUGGAAUGUGGUGGCUGGCCCACCUCAGAUCGUCCAGGAGACCAUCACGUGCGCAGGCAAGAUCAGUCCUGCAGAGACGUCGUGGGAGGCCAUCGUGUCUGUGAAGGACCUGCUGCCCAGCGGCUGGAGCCUGAAAUUUAAGAUGCGGCUUCAGCACAAGUUCGCGACAGCCGCUGCCUUCGGCUUCAAGGGCACCGAGGGCAACUAUGGCGGAUGGCUGGUCCUCGAUACGAAGAUUGACUCCAAGUACUGGAUGCUCACAGAAGGUCCAGGAGGUAGCUUUGAAGGCGAUAAGGACAGGGGAGAUGGGAGCAGAAAAACCACAUACACUCACCACAAGCUCGUCGGAGAGUCGGCGUACACCGUGAACGUUUGGCAUGACUGGGAGAUUUCCAUGUGGGAACAGUUCCUGACGGUCUCCAUGGAUGGGCGGAUGAUCUAUGCCCAUCCGGCCUCCGAGUACUUUCCCAUCAGAGAGAUUGUGCUGCGUCCCUGGAGAAACGCCAUGGACGUCUACGGCUUGGAGUUGCAGAGGCUCGAAGCCAUCGCCACAGUCCUGAGCACCAACAACAAGGUUCAUCCUGAGGGACUGUGCUUCAACUUCAAUAAAGUGGACCUGCGCCUGGUCACCCCGAAGGGAGGGAAGUACUACAAGAUGAUUGUCACCCGGUGCCGAAAGGGUGCCCCUCCGAAGAAGGGUUUGGCCAGAAUCUUUCCUUCCGUAAAUGGAGGGUCGGUGGGUGAUGCGCACGGUCGGUGGGAUUCUGGCUACGCAGCGGGAGACUGGCGGGUCGGUGAUCUCGUUGUGACCGGCAGCUGUCCCUGA